AUUUUCAUAAUAAUAAAUCCAUCUAUACAUGCACUUAAUAAAACACAGAGAGAGAAAGAAAAGAAAACACCAAUACAGUUGAAUUGAAGCAGGAAGCAAAUCUGCGGUAGCAUCAUCUCCCUCCUCAACCAAAUCGGGAUCGGAAUCGGAAAGUAACAAUCUGAAUGGCGCCAGUUUCAGCUCUCGCUAAAUACAAGCUAGUCUUCUUGGGCGAUCAGUCCGUCGGCAAAACCAGCAUCAUCACUCGCUUCAUGUACGACAAAUUUGACAACACCUAUCAGGCUACAAUCGGUAUUGAUUUUCUAUCAAAAACUAUGUAUCUUGAAGAUCGAACUGUUCGGCUGCAGUUAUGGGAUACGGCUGGACAGGAGAGAUUUAGAAGUCUUAUUCCAAGCUACAUUAGGGACUCAUCUGUUGCUGUGAUCGUUUAUGAUGUUGCAAGUCGUCAGACUUUCCUAAACACAUCAAAGUGGAUUGAAGAGGUGCGUAGUGAGAGAGGAAGCGAUGUUAUUGUUGUUCUUGUUGGGAACAAAACUGACCUUGUGGAUAAGAGGCAAGUCUCCACAGAGGAAGGGGAAGCAAAAUCUCGGGAGCUAAACGUUAUGUUUAUAGAAGCUAGUGCCAAAGCUGGCUUUAAUAUAAAGGCUCUCUUUCGAAAAAUUGCUGCUGCAUUACCUGGAAUGGAAACACUCUCUACCACAAAACAAGAAGACAUGGUAGAUGUGAACCUGAGGUCUUCUGCCAGCCAUGAUUCUCAACCUCAGUCUGGUGGAUGUGCUUGCUGAACAAAGCCUUGUAGUUGUCUUAAAAAGUUUUGUAACUUUUCUGCUUCUUGCUAUUUGUUUUGGGUUGUGGGUUGCUUCAGAUGUGUAAAGGUUCUUUUGUCUUCUAGACUUUAAUAGCUUUGCGUGGGAAAAAUUAUAGAAAACAAGUGGAGACGUAGCAGUAUCUGAUUUAUUGUUUAGUAUUUAUUGAAAGAUAUUCUUCAUUAUAAUUGUGAAAAACUUGCUAGGAAUUUGUUGCAA